ACAAUGACGAUUGCUGAUACUUUGACGUUUGUUUUGAAUUAUUUUGUAUUUUGAUUUUCCUCAAGUUUUCUGAGAAUUUUGAGAAUGCAGAAUGGUAAUUUCAAGUUAUAGGCCUUCUUCCAUAUUAAUUUGAUAAUAUUCCAUUCGUUCAUGAAUUUAUGAAUUAAUCAUAAACAAAUAUGGAUAAACCUUGUGAUACAGAGGAAUCAAGGGAGUCUUUCAGGACCAAACGAAGAAAUCACCGUGGACAUAGAAUCAAGAUAGAAGAAAGUGAUGAUGAGGAAUUAGAUGCAGUCAGUUCGAAAUUGCAUGAAAUGAAAGAAAUACAAAAAUUGAGGGGAAGACAACAUGGUAUCAGUGUUGUUGGCCUGGCACUAGGAACCAAACUUCAGUCUGAAGAUGGAGCAAAAGACAAUUACAACUUGCAAGUUGGCGGUAUGGUUAACAUGCAGGCACUGAAAACAGGACAGCUCAAACAAGUAGAUGAUGCAUAUGAUACAGGAAUCGGAACACAGUUUUCAGUAGAAACUAAUAAAAGGGAUGAAGAUGAAGAAAUGAUGAAAUUUAUUGAGGUUGAAUUAUCAAAACGGAAGGGAAAAGAAAAAUCCGCUGAGAAUGAAGGAAAUGUUAGCUCUGUCCCAAAAUAUACUACUCCAGAAGAGGCAGCCUUAUUAUCAGUACCAACACACCUAAGGGAAUCCUCUGCAAAGCAGUCAGAAGAAAUGUUAUCCAAUCAAAUGCUGAGUGGUAUUCCUGAGGUGGAUUUAGGUAUUGAAGCAAAGAUUAAAAAUAUCGAAGCAACAGAAGAAGCUAAGUUGAGGCUAUUAUGGGAGAAACAAAAUAAAAAAGAUGGUCCUUCACAGUUUGUACCUACUAAUAUGGCAGUGAAUUUUGUUCAACAUAGUCGAUUUAAUAUUGAUCAAUCAGAUAUACCUAAGAAGAAGCCAAAAACGGAGAAUGCAACAAAAUCAAAGAAGAAAGAUGAAAAAGCUACAGAUGACUACCAUUAUGAAAAAUUCAAGAAACAGUUCAGAAGAUGAAGUUUCUAAUCCAAUACAUAUUAAAAUUUAAAAUAGUAAUCCAUGUACGUUUCUCAUGUAAAUACAUAUUAAAAAUAUUCACUUUUAUAUCACAAUAUAGUGUCACUAAAAUAAUCAAAAUACGAGGUAGAAUCAUCCAGCGCUUAUAAUUAUUUAUGUUGGGUAUUCUUCUGAACAUUGAAAAUGAGAAUAUUACUUCGAAGGAAAUGAAAAAUGGGUACAUAUAGUUAUUUGUAUAACUUGAUAAGAUAUAUAUAAAGACAGAUAGAUAUAUGAAAUCCAAUAUCAACAAAAAAUAGCCUCGAAUGGAAGUUGAAAAGUUAUAUUAUUUUCUAAAAUAAAAAAAUAACGAUCAAUAUGAC